GAAACAAGAGGAUGGAGAACAAGAUCAAUGAGCUGACACAGAAACAAGGAGGCUUAGAAAUGGAAGCAGAGAAGAUCAUGAUGAAGAACAUGCAAGUUAACAACUAUCCUGUUGUACUUGCUACUCAUGAGCAAGUUGUCAUGGAUCGCGCAAUGUUUAUGGAUACACUUAAGCAGUUCCAUUCAGCCAUGGAAACUAGAUUGUCGAUUCCUAUUUUAGGAGGCAAAUGUCUUGACUUGCAUCUCCUUUAUGUACAAGUUACUCAAAAUGGAGGAAUUGAAAAGGUUGUUAAGGAGAAGGGGUGGAAGGAUGUGAUUGCUGCAUUUGCCUUCCCAAAGACUACAACUAGUGCAGCAUUUGUGCUUAAGAAGUGCUACCUGGAAUUUCUAUUCCACUAUGAACAGGUCUACUUCUUCAGGAAGCAAGGCCCUUCUUCUUAUUUGGACUACUUAAAUAUAAAAUUUUCGAAGACUAAGAUCAACCGCACCAAAUCUACCUCUAGCUCGGCAAAGACAACAUCUAAAAGGAAAAGAAACAAGCCUGAGCAGAAAAAUAAAGGUAUUCGCAAUAUUCCUAUUUCUGGAGACAUAGAUGGAGAAUUUGAGCAUGGUUACUUUGUCACCAUGAGGGUGGGAGCACAAGCACUUCGUGGAGUAAUAUAUAAACGUAAACAGUCCUCAGAAGCCGUACCCCCUGCCAGUGGAAAUACCAGUAAUGCUGGUGUCCCAGAUGUGUCCCCAGCUCAACCUAGCUGCAGCAGAGCAGAGGAUAAUGCUGGAAAUCAGAGUGUGGAUGAGGGAAUGGAAAAAUAGACACCAGGGCUAAAAGCCGAUAGUGUUGUCAACUUGAUUCAGAUCUGAAGAAGAAUUCCUAGACAGAACUUGGAGUCUUUCUGUUCAAUUUUUUACUUAAUGUACUGUGC